CCUCAUAAUAUUAAACUUGGUUUGGUUGUUCCCAUGUCUGCUGGCCUCCGCAUGGGUGUUUUCACUUCAGAAAACUCUGUCUCCUCUCUGAACGGUGAGGACAAUUGAGUUACUCUUUGGUCGAUGCAAAUUUCAGCCUUUUCUUGUUAAAAACCACAAGUGAUCCACCGAAAGUUUCGUAGAUAUAGAGAUGGUGAAAAAAGGAAACAUUGUGCAGUAUAGGGAAAGGUUGGACAACACCCUUGCCUUACCAGAUCUGACUAAUGAACAGACACUCAAAACGCUUGUCAAAAGUCAACUCCAACGUUCUUCAGAAGUGGAAAUUGAGGGAUGUAAUGAGAAAGAAGUAGAAACCAAGACUACAGAGCUAUGCAACUUUCUUGAUAUGUUGAGAAGUGCUUCUGGAGACAAUGGUGGAGGAUCUAGUAGUACAUCACACACUGAUUGGAAAUUAAAACAGGAUAAUGAAGAGUUUCGUGUUAUGUAUCGUGAAGGACCAGAGGGAACUCCCAUUCAUACAUUGCUAGUUGAAGGCUAUGUAGAUGGACCUCUAGAUCUUUCUUUAUGCCUAUCGUGGGAGACCCCUCUCUACAAGAAAUGGUGGCCUCAGUUUACUAUUCCCAGUUUCAAAAUUUUAGUAUCUGAUCGUUUGCAGAGGGUCCAAAUUGGGGAACAAAUAUCACUAGUUAGGAUGAAGGUUCCAUGGCCGCUGGCUACAAGGGAGGCUAUAGUGCAUUAUUAUCUGUUUGAGUACUAUCAAGAUGACUUAGUAGUUAUUCUUUUGAAUACGGUUCAUGAGUCAAAAAUUGAUGAUUUAAACAAGGAUGCAAUUCCUGAAGCAAAGGAUGUCGUGAGAAUUGAUUUGGUGGGAGGCUAUGCUAUGCAAAAGGUGACAUCAGAAAGAAGUUAUUUUCGGAUAAUAGCAAAUUUGGAUUUAAAGCUAGAUUUUGUACCUCCAACCCUCCUAAAUUUCAUUUCAAGGCAGCUCAUCGGCAGUGGUUUCAGGCUUUAUCAGAAGGCUGUGACUUCUAUGAUGGGCAAUGAUAAAGAUAAAGACUUCAGCAAGGCCUUGGAGGACUCAUUGUAUGUUAGAAUUCGCGAAGCUCUAUUAAGCACUAGGAAAUCAAAGGCUAUGGAUGGUGAAGAGCUUAAGCAAGAUGCAAGCAUUGUUCCUACAGAAGAACUUGUUCAAAGUGAGGACGGGGCAAAAGAUGUAUCCUGUGAUGAUAGCAGCAACCAAUGCGCAAAUAAUUACAAUGGAGAGACUUUAGAUGCAGGUAGUGAAGAGAUUGUACAAAUUGAUGAGGAUGUCAAUAAGGUACUUGGCGUUCCAAUUGAGGAAGGUGAUUCAUUGAGUGUACUGAUGGAAAAGGAAAAUGGUGAGAUUGUAGAUGCAGAUAACGAAGAGAUUGUAGAAACAGUUAGUGAAGAGAUUGUUGAGACUGAGAAAGAUGUCAACAAAGUGCAUGGCAUUCCAGUUGAGGAAGAUGAUACAAAGAGUGUACUGAAGGACAGAAUGAAUGUAUAUAUACGCUCAGACGUGAGAAAUGCUAUAGAAACAAUAGAGAGGGUUAUUUCAGUAGUUAGAAAAUGUGGAUUUCAUCCCCUCGGGUCCACUUUAAACUCUGCUGGUGAAGAGUUCCACUGCAUGGAAAAAGGUGGCACAGUUGAUUCAGAUUCUGCAAAAGUUAUUGAAGUAUGUUUGAAAAAUGAGGAUAGUGCCAAAGUAUCAAGCAGCAAUGUAGUGGAGGAAAAUUUAGAAGAACCUGGGACGAUACAAAGCUUCAGGCACACAGGAACAAAUCCUAACUUAAAGGAAGUAAACUAUAAGAAAAUAGUACCGGCUUCACCAGAGCAGAAUCUUUCAAUACCAAUUGAAACAAGCCAGGCUGAUUCAUAUUCUUUGAAAAAUGGGACAAUUCUGGACCAAACAAUAUGUGAUAACAAGCAAUUAAACAGUGACGCAGUCCAAGAUAUGACUUCAUAUGACCUGAAAAAGUCAACCAGGGAGAUGAAGUAUCGAUACUGUUGUUUUAUGCAUUAGCUAAAAAGAGAAAAGUUUGAAAGCCAAUAACAAGAAAAUAGGGUACUUAGAGGCAUGAGGUCCACUUGCCAACAUGUUUGGUGAAUAUUUUGUAUUUAUCCGAAGAUCACUUGUAUAAUGGUCAUAUAUGUUGGACUAGUUUUGUCCCGUCUUGUUCUAUCAGAAAUAUAAUAUAUGUAAUGUCAAAUUACUGUUAUUAUUGCUGCUCAGUCUUUCUCUAGAAUUAAGUCUAUUUAGAAAUGUAUGAUUGAUUAAUUAGGUAUUA